UGUGAAGGUAGGGAAGUUCAGGGAAGAUGGUGACCAGAAAGCUUUUGCACAAAAAGAAUUGCAGCUUCCCUACUAUAUUCUUCUUCCCUAGGUAUUCUUCACAGCCGGUUAAGUACUGGUCAGAGAAGAGAGACGUAGACUCCUUGCCGGCUUUUGUGAAUGCCCACAGGGUGUAGAAGUUGAAGAAAAAGCAGAGGCAGAGGAUUAUUAGAAACUGGCAAAGGAUCUAACAAAUGCUUCUCCUUUGGAGAUUAUGGAUAAGGCUCUUGAGAAAUUUGAGAGUGAUAUUGCUAUUGCGUUCAGGUUGGCAAUGCUUUGGAAAGGGUUAGUAUUUCAGGUUUCUCUGUCAAUCCAGAUACUUCCUCUUGCCCUCCAAGGUGUGAAAUUGGAUUGGAUGGGUUGCCGUAGGAACAUUUGUUUGAGGAGGGCUUACAAGCCUUGGAUCGGGCCAGCACACUCUUGGGUGAAGGUUUACUUAGCCUAAGGGGAAGAAAGAUCUGCAAAUUCAAUUGGAUUCUCAAGCGUUAGAGAUUACUGCCCUAAUGGCUGGUUGAUUUAGUUAAUCUCUGGCUUCUAUAUGUUUUGCAACAUUUCUUGCCUAAUUGAACUGUUUCACAUAUUCUGAUUUAUAUUUAGCACUUUGAGCAUGAACCUGGUCAUGUGCAUUUAGGUUAAUUUUGGUCUGGUUUAAAAUUAGAGUUUCGUUGUUUAAAAUUGAGGAAACUAGAUCCGUUCCUUUGUUAUGUUGUCAGAGGUAUAUUGUUGUAUAUCUAUACUUUGUGUCUAAAGUUACAGGUUCAGAUGAACACAACCAAAAGGCUUCAUCUGCUUCUGCUCUUGUCUAUUCUGGCUUUAUCAUUUUGAUUUUCUUAAUGCUGAAGAUAAUUGUACUAUUUUGUAUCCAAACUAAUGUAUGAGCUUCCAAUUGAUUGCUCUUUGGCCAAAUAUGUGUCAAAUAGAAUUCUUAGCUACUUGAUGAGAAGCUAUUCUGCUAUACUAAAGUUGUGUUUAAGCUGCCCUGGACGCUACAAGUUAAACGAGAAAAAUGGACUUGUGGUUGUAUAGAAGUUGGGUAAAGUUGAUGAGAAAGCAGAGGCAGAGGAUUAUGAGAAACUGGCAAAGGAGCUGACAAAUGCUUCUCCUUUGGAGGUCAUGGAUAAGGGCUCUUGAGAAAUUUGGGAGUGAUAUUGCUAUUGCUUUCAGGUCUUUUGUCGAGCAUAGAUGAGUCAAAAGAUCGUCGUUGGAUGGAGAGGUUCGUAUUUGUGAGGACUUCGGAGAUUAUCCCGGACCAUCAUCUUCCCUUCCCAGAGGCGUGGAACAUGAAUCCCACCGAAUGGAUGCCGGAUGCCGUGGCGGAUCUUCGUCAAUGGGUCCAGUGCAUUCUUGAAGUUUCUCACCACGAGGACAGGUCAUGGAAGAAAAUAUCGGAAAAUCGUUGGAUUGCGAAAAAUCAUGGUUUCCCUUCAAAAAAGUUGGUGGUGGCAGAUCUAGAUGUUGAUCUGGCGGCGUCUGGUCGUCGGACUGUCGAAGCUAAGAGGAACAAUAGAAAGUUGGUUUCUACUAACCGUGAUGAUUUUUCUUCAUCCUCACAACUCCCAUCAGAAAAGCGGAGGCGGCUUGUGAAGGCUAGUUCCCUUGCACACGUUGUGAACGAUGGGUACUGCGUGCGUACUCAAGGCGAAGUUUCCCCGCCUCCUUGUGAAACUAAUCAUCUUUCUACGCAUGCUGUGAUUGACCUUGAGGACGUGGAGGAAACUGACAAUGAAGUUAUUGCUCUCGUGUGGCGAGGUCACAAAGUCUUGCCCAAACAGCCAUGCUCUUAUCAGCUUGUAUUGCCUUUAUUCGUCCCCUCCAACGAAGCCAUGACAGAGUUUGAGCUCCCUCAGCUGGGCAAUGCAUUGGAAAGGGUGAGUACUCCAGGUUUCUCUGCCAAUCCAGAUACUUCCUCUUGCCCUCCAAGGUGUGAAAGUGGAUCGGAUGGGUCGCCAGAGGAACGUUUGUUUGAGGAGGGCUUACAAGCCUUGGAUCGGGCCAGCACACUCUUGGGUGAAGGUUUGCUUAGCCUUAGGGGAAGAAAAGAUCUGCAAAUUCAAUUGGAUUCUCAAGCAUUAGAGAUUGCUGCCCUGAAGGCUGAGCUUGCCAACAGGAAAUCACAGGACGUGGCAGCCGCUGAACUUACGUCGAGGCUAAAGGCUGAUCUUCAAGAGGCAAAGACAGGUUUUGAACGGGCCACCAUUAGUUUUAUAGUAUGCUAACCGGCAUUUGGAUUGUGCCAACCGAGAGAAAAAGGCAUAUCGACAUGAAGCUGACCAACUUCGCUCGGACUGUUGCUUCAUGCAAUUAGACAUGAAAACCAUGGAGGAGGAUCUUCGUGCUUGUGCAGAAAGAGAAACCUUCCUAGAAGAUGAGCUUCAGCGGCUAAGAAGUGAGCUAUCAGCUAGGGCUGAUUUAGAUAAGAUUAGUGGUCAACUUGCCAGGGCUAGGAGUAUACUUCAAAGACAGAAAGGAGCUCUCCAGUCUUCAGAAAAUGAAAUUUCCGUCUUGAAGAGCUACAACAAGGACCUCGAAGAGCAGAGAAACAUAGCCCUUGCUGACGUAAACAAGGGAGAGGAACGCCUCACUCGUAAGACUGAAUUUAUGAGGUGGAAUGUCCGGAGGUCCACUCUGGAAGAGGUCAAAGCAGGUAUUGCGAACCUUGAUGCUGCCAUCCUCACUGCCCGUGAGAUGGAGGCAAAAGCCGAAAAAGAUAUGUUGCCUACUCCUCAGCUAUCUCCUGCAGACAUACAUGUGGAUAUUCCUGAUGAGGGUGAGGACAAUCAAGAUGAUCAAGAGAUGCAUCCGCCAAGUCAUGCCGAUGCUCACGAGGAUCUUCCCCGAGACUGCGAUCAAGGGGAUAAUGAUUCCCAUACAUCUUGAGUUCCAAGUUCCUGAUGUUCCUACAUAUCUAGUUUAAUGAUUUUAUUUGUCGUAUCUCCAAUAUUAUUGUGGAACUUAUGUUUUGAUUUGGUUAAUCUCUGGUUUCUAUUUGUUGUUCAACAUUGCUUGUGUAAUCAAACUGUUUCACAUAUUCUUGACUUAUAUUAAGCACUUUGAGCAUGAACC